CAGCAGCAAUCCCUCAGGAAACCUGCUCUCAGGUCUGGGGCUCGCAACGCUUGGAAGAGAAGAAAAGGUAUCCACAGGAUCAAAUAUGUAUUUGAAUCAGGAGGCUGGCUACAGGAGGAAGAAUCUGGCAAAGGCUUUUCAGGGGCACUUGCCACAAUACACCCCUGUGGUCAGGAGCAAUCCAUCAGGAAGCUUACCGUCAUGUCUGGGGCUCUCAAAGCCUAGAAGAGAAGAAAAGGUAUCUGUCUUCUCCAGCACAGGGAAAAUGUUGGAACCUAUUUGUCUAAUUGAGAACACGACAAAUAAUGAGUUCAAAGUCAAUCAGGAAGCAGUAGACAUUUUAAGCUCCUUCCAUAACCCUGUAGUUGUGGUGUCUAUAGUGGGCAUGUACCGCACUGGCAAGUCCUACCUGAUGAAUCGAUUGGCUGGGAAGAAUAAAGGAUUUGCUCUGGGCUCCACUAUCCAGUCUAAGACAAAGGGUAUCUGGAUGUGGUGUGUUUCUGUUCCUGGUAGAGAAGAACAAACACUGGUCUUGCUGGACACUGAAGGACUGGGAGAUGUGGAGAAGGGGGACGAGAAGAAUGACAACUGGAUUUUUUCCCUGGCUGUGUUACUAAGCAGUACCUUCAUCUACAACAGCAUUGGUACCAUCAACAAUGCUGCUGUAAUGAAUCUACAAUAUGUGACUGAGCUGACAAAACACAUCAAGGUAAAGUCCAGUGAUGAGGAUGAAGCUGAUGCUUCAGCUGAGUUUUUCCGCUUCUUCCCCUCCUUUAUCUGGGCAGUAAGAGAUUUUACCCUGGAGCUUGAGGCUAAUGGGAAACCCAUAACUGCUGAUGAAUAUUUGGAGAACUCCCUCAAGCUGAAGCCUGGCCACAAUAUAAGUGCUACCACCAGCAACAGUGCCCGAGAAUGUAUUCGGAAGUACUUUCCCCGUCGAAAGUGCUUCGUCUUCGAUAUGCCUGUCCACAAGGAAAAGCUUAAGAUUAUUGAUCAGCUGAGUGAUUCUGACCUGGAAGAAAAGUUUGUUAAGCAAGCUACAGAGUUCUGCAGUUAUGUGCUUGGAAAUUCCCAGGUGAAAACCAUCAAAGGAGGAAUUAAAGUCACCGGGAGAUUGCUGGCUAAGCUGGUGAUGAUGUAUGUGGAUACCAUUAAAAGCGGGAAGGUUCCUUGUCUGGAGAAUGCAGUGGUAGCUCUAGCUCAGAUGGAAAACUCAAAAGCAGUUGAGGAGGCACACAGCCUCUACAAGCGGCUGCUGAGCGGGAGGGUAGUGUUACACACCGAGACACAGGAGGAGCUUUCCAAUGUCCAUGAAAUCUGCCUGAAGGAGGCGCUGCAGCUCUUCCUUGAUCGCUCAUUCAAAGAUGAUGAUCAGUGUUUCCAAACACAACUCAUGGAUCUUGUAAGAAAUGAAUAUGAUAGGAAGUGUCAGGAGAACGAGGAGCUCUCCCUGAAACACUGCACUGAUCUGCUGAUGCAACUAGGGGCUUAUUUGAAGCCAGAUUGUUACCUGACACCAGGCGGUUAUCAGUACUUCCAGGAAGACCUGGAAAAUGUAAUUUUUCGGUACAGAAACACAAAAGGCAGAGGCAUCAAGGCAGAACAGGCUUUGAAAGAAUACUUGGCUAAAAGCAAUGAACUGGGCAGAACGAUACUGGUGGCAGACAGAAGUCUCUCUGAAUAUCAAAAGCGUAUAGAAGAACAACAAGCCCAUGCUAAGAUGCUGGAGGUGAAAGCAAAGGCUGCAGAAGUACAGAUGGUGGCUAUGGAGAGAAGAAUUGAGGAUGUGAAGAGAGCACAAGAAGAAAAUAAGAGACAGCUGAUAAAAAAAAUUGAGAGGGAACGCAGAGAUAUGCAGUCCGAACAUGAGCGAGUUCUUCAGCAAAAGCUGAGGGAGCAGAAUGCCAUGCUGCAGCAGGGUUUUGACAGAAAUGCAAGACAAAUGCAGAGAGAGGUUGAUCAGCUACGACAUUUGAUCCAAGAGCAAAACAAAAGCAAAGACCGUGAUCGGUGUACUAUCUCCUAAUGAAAGGCUGUAUGAAAUAAAUAAAUGAAAAUGAGGGCCAAGGAAUGAAGCUUUCAAAUUUCAAAUAAUGACUUUGGAGAAAAGAUUAUAGA